UCAUUUCUUCCUUCAACGAUGGUGGCCCUUGUCCAACGACCCGCUCCAGACUUCAAGGCUACUGCAGUGGUAGACAGCCUAUUCGAAGAAGUCUCUCUUUCCGACUUCCGGGGCAAAUGGGUCGUUCUACUCUUUUACCCAAUGGACUUCACAUUCGUCUGCCCAACAGAAAUCCUGGCAUUCAACGACGCUAUACCCGCACUGAAAGAAAUCAACACUGUGGUACUUGGGAUAUCGACCGAUUCACAGUACUCUCAUCUAGCUUGGGCCUCCCAACCGCGCAAACAGGGUGGAAUUGGUCCUGACCUCAAACUUCCUCUCGUUGCCGACAGGAACAUGAAAAUUUCGCGUGAUUAUGGCGUUUUGCUUGAGGAUGAGGGUAUCGCGCUCCGUGGACUCUUUCUCAUCGACCCUAAGGGAAUUCUGCGCCAAAUCACCGUCAACGACCUUCCGGUUGGUCGUUCCGUCGACGAAACCAUUCGUCUGAUCAAGGCAUUCCAAUUCACUGACCAAUAUGGCGAAGUGUGCCCUGCGAACUGGAAAGAAGGUGAUAAAACAAUCAAGGCGGACCCGAAGGCUUCCUUGGAGUAUUUCAGCUCGACUGCUACCAAUGGUACCAAUGGACACUCCAACGGCACUGUCCCUGCAAAGCGCGCCAGGGUCGAGUAG